GUUUCCUUCUCUAUUAUUGAUUUCUCUAUGUCAAUUUGAUAAUCAACAGAAGACUUACAUCGUGGUUCUAAUAAGCUCUGACAUCACCAACAUCUCAAGCUCAAAAACCUUAUAGAUUCAUAGUUAACAAAUGACGACAGCAACGACAUCAUCAUCAACCACAUCAAAAAUGACCUUGAAGCUUUUAGUUGACACAAAAGCUGAGAGACUUCUCUUUGCUGAAGCAUCUAAAGACUUCGUCGACUUCCUCUUCAACAUCCAGCGCCUGCCGAUCGGCACCAUCAUGAACCUCCUAACCAAAACCAACACUGUGGGUUCAUUAGUCAAACUUUAUGAAAGCAUUGAGAAUUUCAACAACGCAUACUUACUGCAACAGAGCCAAGACAAAGACGUGUUAUUGAAACCAAAAACCCUAAUCCCUCCUGGCUUCCUCUUGCUACCAAAUUAUGAAGGGAACGUUAAAGAAGAAGAAGACAAGCCUCCUAAUCUUUACAUGUGCUGGAAUAGGUGUCAAUUCAAAGUGACUCAGGAGGUGAACACGCGGUGUCCACAUUGCGGUAAUUCAAUGAACAAUCCUGUGACGUAUGUGGGGAAGAUGAAGACAGAAGUGAAAGGUCCUGGUGGAAAGGAUGGGUUUGUGAAGGAAGCUGUGACAUAUAUGGUAAUGGAUGAUCUUGUGGUUCAACCUAUGUCUCCUAUCUCGUGUAUUGCUUUGCUCAACAAGUACAACAUCAAAGAUGUCAGUUCACUGCAAGAAAUGGUUGUUGAGUUUGGAAUCCAAGAGGCUAUUCAGCUGCUAAAGGCUUCUCUGCAGAGUAACAAUGCUUUGACAAGUGUUUUCCUAAGGGAUAUCAAGUUUAAGAAAGAAUCAAAUGUGAUCCUUCAUUAAUGCCAGUGUAUGGGUGUGUGUAUCAAAUAAUAUUACUUAUUUGAUUCCAUUUAAUUGUUCUCUGUCAUGGA